AUGCCUCUGUCCACUGAAGUCGUCCAGAAUCUCAAAAAGUCCGUCGACACAGCCUGCGCGGAUCCCAAGACAUCUAUCCCAGGAACUAGUGUUGUAGUUGUGGGAAAAGAUGGCAAAGAACUCUUCGCGCACGCCGCUGGUAAGAGAGGAGCUGCAAGCAGCGAGAACAUGACGCUUGACAACGUGUUCUGGAUCGCAUCUUGCACUAAGAUGAUCGCUGGGCUUGCUUGCAUGCAGCUCGUUGAGCAAGGAAAGCUGCAUUUAGAUGAUGGAGACGAGAUGGAGACUUUGGUUCCGGAGUUGAAGGAAACCAAAGUGCUGCAGAAGGAUGGUAGUCUGGCAGAGAAGAAAGGGAAGAUUACGCUGAGGAUGCUCCUGUCGCAUACUGCUGGUUUCGGCUAUACCUUCUUUAACGAACAACUGCGCGACUUUUCGUCGCCAGACAGCUUCCAUAACGAAUUCUCGGGCAGUGUUAAAGAUAUCCUCCAACCGCUGACCUUCCAACCGGGAGAGGGAUGGCAAUACGGUGUAAACAUUGAUUUCGCCGGUCUGGCUCUCGAGCGUAAGACUGGCCUGUCUCUGAACGAUUACUGCCUCAAGAAUAUCUUCGAGCCGUUGGGAUUGAAGAACAUCACCAUGUUUCCCACCGAAGACAUGAAGAAGCGGCUAGCGCAUAUGCACCAGCGAAACCACGAUGGCAGUCUGGUUGAGCGCGACCACCUCAUGCUCAAGGUCUUGGGAGCUAAGACUGAUGAGAUAAGCGACAUACUCAACAGUGGAGGCGCAGGUGCUUUCGCGAUACCGUCGGACUAUGCACAAAUCAUCGCGACCUUGCUCAACGACGGCACAUCACCAAAAACUGGCGUUCAGCUGCUGAAGAAAGAGACAGUCGACCUCAUGUUCACGAAUCAGAUCCCACAAUUCCCUGACUUCGGUCGCCAGGGAAUUCCAGCAGCCAAGCCCGAUCUCACAAACCCUAUUUCCGACGUAUAUCCUGUCGAAGGAAAUCCACCCCAGGGAUGGGGCCUGACAUUCAUGUUAUCUAACGGAGGUCCGACUGGCCGGUCCAAGAGUACUGGGUUCUGGGCUGGUCUGCCGAAUUGCUGGUGGUGGUGUGAUAGAGAGAAGGGAGUCGGCGGAAUUGUAUGCUGUCAGAUCCUGCCGUUUGGCGAUCCCAAGGUGCUUGGGUUGUGGUUCGACAUUGAGACGCAGAUCUACAAAGCCCUGGGAGCUUGA